AUGAGGACGGCCACCAUCCUUGGCACCGGAGAGCUGGGUAAGGCGUGCGCCUGCGCCCUCGCAGCAAACCACAGCGUCGACUCCGUCACUCUUUUGACGCGGGACACUGCUAUGGCGGCACCGGAGAAAGCGACCGUGACGUUGUCUUCGACGUACAGCAGCAACCGAGCGAACGUUUCGGGUGCAGAGAGCAGCUCUACCGGUGCCUCUACGUCACCCACUGGAGCCUCAAGCAUUACCGCAACUCCAUGGCCGUCUGCUGUUCACUUCCAGGACCUGAAGCAGUUCUGCCGCGAAGCCGCGUCCGCAGUAAACUGCAAGCGGACCCAGCACCCUCUGUUCUUGUGCACUCCUUGUGUCUCGUACCUGCCUGGGCAUGAUGCAUGGGCGCGCGCCGCGUUCGGCAAUGAGCACUGUCCAGCGACCCAUGAUGUGCUCACCCGGUGGCGCUCCUCGCGGGCUGCGGUUGCGUCGUUGCAAUCAGAACCAGCGCCUUCCACUGGGUUUGUCGUGGUGUUCACACGAGGCUUCGCCGCUGAUGGAGCGGUGCCAGCGCAGCUUGCGGAUACGCUUCUAAACGGUCUCCUCACAGAACAUGCCAGUUCAGCGGCGCCGGACUCACUGUCCGAAAUCGAGACACCGGUGUUGGUGGCGUCGGGCCCGGUGCUGGCGAAGGAGUGGUCCCUGCAGUCGACGCCGCUGUCAUCGAGCGGGACAUCUGCGACACUUUUUUUGCCCAUUCCAUCUCGGCCCCCAAGCGCAUUGUCGGCGGUCGCUGGUGCAGACGGUGGUGCCAGCGAAAAUGGAACGAGGGGAGCGCUUUCGUCGGCGUCAGGCAGGGAGCUGCCUCAUGCUUUUUCCGGUGUGGCGCUCACAUUCGCCUCAUGGACGCCAUCCAUUGCCGCUGACCCCGGCCGGCAAGAGGCACUGGCAGAGAAGCUUCGCCUCUUUUUUCCUCGCGAGUCCGUCACCUACUUAACCGCCCCCGAUGCAGCUGCCAUCCUGGCCAUUGUGAAUGGCUGCGUGCCGCUCUGCUCUUUCGGAGCGGGCUUGGUGAGUAGCGUCUACACGGGCACGAGCGUGACGUCCCUGGCUGCCUACGCCCAGCACGCCGUCGCGGCCACAGAGCAACUGGUGAACAAGCUCUUGGGCCAUGCGGCAGGCACGCCGCUGCCGCUGCCAGCCGUGUCUACGCUUUGGUGUGCCUGCACGUGUCUUGUAUCGCGUGAAUUUGCUCUUGGCCGCAAGCUUGACUUCUACUUUCGCAAGCAAGAUGCCGCUGAGGCGAUCUUCCGUGGCCACGAGCACCACCUCUUCGCUGCGACAGUCGACGGGCUUCACGAACGCAUGCAGGCUAGUGGCGUUGCCAGCCCUUUCUACGAGGUGCUCAUGGACACCUACAACACUAUGAUUCGCGCGUCACGGACAGGCGAGGGGCUGGUGAAGGAGGGCUACUACGGCUAUCGCGAUACGCUCGGCGAGGACAAUGGCGAGCUGCUGCGGCAGGUGACGCGCGUGGAUGAGGCGAUGCUCUCCGGCGACGAGGCGCGCUUCACGGAAGCCAAGGAGCGCAUAAUGAAGGUAUUCGCCGGCUCGACCUUUUGA